GCACAUUUAGUAGUAGAUAUAGCCUCUAACGUAGUGUGAAUAGUCAGUGAGCAAGUGAUCGCAGCGCGUGCGGUACGCGGCGACCAGAACCGGCGACUACCUGAUCAACUUAACAAAAUGGCGCUUGCUUUAUUUUGCUUUUUGGCGGUAAUAUGCAGUUUGCUACAACAAGGACUAGCAAUCACAUGUUACCAAUGCAACAGUCACAACGAUUCGCGGUGCCUGAUGACGAAGCUGCCAGACUCGCUGCGCCAGCCGUGCGGGCCCAAGGACACCAUGUGCCGGAAGAUCUCCCAGGUGGUGGAGUUCGAGAUGAACGGGAUGCCCCCCGACAGCCGUGUGAUUAGAGGAUGUGGAUGGGACGACAGUAGUUACAAGGGUCGCUGCUACCAGCGCUCAGGGUUCGGAGGCAGACAGGAGGUGUGCUCGUGCCUGGAGGACGGCUGCAACGCCGCCUCGAUCCCGCUCGCCGCCACCGGCCUCAUGCUGCUCACCUUCGCGCUCCUGAGGUUCUAGGUCACUCCGCGCCAACUGUCCAGCAACACACACCACACCUCCAGAAGGGAACAUAUCAUUAAGUUCAGAAGUAGGACCAACAGCAGGCACGUCUAGUUGUUUUUGAGCUUGUCUUAAACACUCACUGCCAUAAAUGAAUUUUUAUAUCCAAUAAUGUCUGCAUACAAUUAGAUUCUAAACAACACUACUCCUGUUAUUUUAGUAAUAAUACUCGUAUGUACCAAAGAACUAUUAAAUUAGUGUUUCGUGAACUAUUGAGGCUUAAGUUAAGAGUGCUCAUAUAGUUGGCGGAAUCAAUGAGCUGAUAGAUUUAGAUGUUAAAAUAGAUAAUAUAGCAAGUAUAUGUAUGUAUAGGUGUUUGUAAUUUAUUUGUAUGGAUACCUGUUGCUGUAAAUGAAUAUGUGUGGCGUGCACACGUUAAUGAAUUAACACAUCGAUGUAAAUAAAAUGAGGAUUAUGCAUAAAGGAACCACAACGUACAAUUAUGAACUUUACUCAGUCCAAUAUAUAUUAGUGCAUCGUAGGAGAAUCACGAAGUCACAAAAGCCGCAAUCAUUGUACAUUUUAUUUAGCGGAGCUUCAUUGUUGUGUUUGUAAUUUGCGAAUGUAUUUAUUAAAAGUUUUUCAUGA